AUGGCGACCGAAGACAAAUCCCAGCACGACGUGCGCACCUCCUCGACGGAUUCUCCACGUCUGGGAGGAACCAGUUUCGCCGACGACUCGGCAGGGAAUAAGGCACCAUGGUGGUCCUACUUUUGGGAUUAUGAACCAUCGAGGACUCCCGAAGAGAGGAAGUUCGUCCAGAAACUAGACAUUUCGCUCUUGACGAUCCUUUGCUUCGGGUAUUUCAUCAAGAAUUUGGACCAAACAAACAUUUCCAAUGCCUACGUGUCGGGGAUGAAGGAGGACCUAGCCAUGGACUCGAAUCAGUUGAAUCUGAUAGAUGUAGCAUGGACCACGGGAUAUGUCAUCGGACAACUGCCAUCCCAGUUCAUUCUCACCAAAGUACGACCUUCGAUAUGGAUACCAAGCUGUGAGCUUGUGUGGACAGUCUUGACCUUCUGUCUCGCCGCCACGAACAGCAGCACUCAAGUCAUCGUCAUCCGCUUCUUCGUCGGGCUCGUCGAGAGUAUCUUUUAUCCUGCCGCCCACUUUCUGAUCGGCAGUUGGUACAAACCAAGCGAGCUGGGAAAACGGGCUUGCAUUUUUCACGCAUCGUCGGCCGCGGCAGGGAUGUUCUCCGGAUACCUUCAAGCGGCGGUCUACACUGGCUUGAACGGGACUCUGGGGAAGGCAGGCUGGCAGUGGCUCUUCAUUAUGGAUGGUGUCAUCAGUCUGCCCAUUUGUAUCGCUGGGUAUUUCAUGAUCCCCGACCUACCGGAAAACACUCGCGCGUUUUAUCUAACCGACGAUGACGCUGCACUCGCCCGAAAGCGGAUGGAGUCCAUCGGCCGCGCCCCACGCCGGAAGCUGGGCUGGUCGAUACUGAAACGAGUUUUCACGCGCUGGCAUGUGUGGGCAUUGACGCUCCUCUACAUUAUUUUUAUCAACACGGGACCAUCGUCAAGUGUCAACCCGUUGCCUCUGUGGUUGAAGGCCAACAACUGGCCAGUGACGUCUAUUAACAUCAUACCCACGGCGCAGUCUGCUGUCCAACUCGUCUCGACUGUCAGCUUCUCCAUAUUGUCGGACUACCUGCGCUCCAGGCCGGCAGUCAUGUCCAUAUCGACAUUUUUCGGAUUUCUGACAAAUUUACUGCUCGCCAUCUGGGCAAUUCCUACCGGUCUCAAGUGGUUCUCUUUCUUUGCGUCGAGGAUCUCGGUUGCCUAUGGACCUUUGUCAAUGACGUGGGCCAACGAAAUUUGCGGUGCAGACGCUGAGGAAAGGGCAGUGGUGUUAGGAAUUAUGAAUGCUGCAGGCUACGCAUUCAACGCUUGGCUUCCGCUCUUGACAUACCCGGUAGUAGAUGCACCGAGGUUCAAGAAGGGUUUCACAUACACAACGGUUGCAUUUGCAGCACAGGCAGUCAUCACUUGGACAGUCUGGUGGUUGUCCAGACGGGACCGGAAGAAGGUGGAAAAGUCCGCUGUUGAGGCGGCUGGAGUCACUGAGGAAUUGUAG